AUGGCGCCGUCCGACUCUGAGGGCUCCGUGUACCAGCCGGAAGACAGUCCACCGGCUGCAUCGUCCUUACACGUAGCGGCGCGCGCCCAACCAGGCCGCAUCGCCCGCGACUCGUCCGCCGUCCUCGACUUCUCCCCUUCUCUCGCGUCGUCCGCAGUUCCGACAGGCAUGAACACGAGCGCGGUGGGGACACCGAUGGGUAGUGAGGUCGGAGACGACGCGUAUGGCGAGGGCGAGGACAGCACGGCGCAGGCGACCACUACCGAAGCGACACCCGACCCGCAACCUCAGCCAGCGAAGAAGUCGAGGGCGCUCAACUUUCUCAAGAAGAAGGAGCCCAAGACGAGCAUUAACAUCAAGGGAACGGUCUACCAGAUCCGCGACGACGAGAUCGUAUUGCCUGACGACCCGCGCGGAGAGAUGAAGAUCGACUCGUACGGCAACUUGCUCGGUGGCCGACGGUGGAAAGUGCACACCUUUACCUCACCCUUGCGGCCGAAUCAGAACAAAGUCUACAUCCUCUCCAUCGACGCCGCCCGUGCCGCCGGUUUCCGCGACUCGCUCUACUUCUUCCGCCGCAACCCGACGAUACACAAGCUCACGUGCAACCAACAAGAGAAGGACAGGCUGAUUGAGAUUGGGCGGUUGAGCGGGAACCUGAAGAGUCGUGCAGUGACGAUGGUGGCUGCCAGGAACGUCUUCAAGGUGAUGGGCGCGACAUUCGUCCAGGACGGCAAAUACGUUGUUGACGACUACUACGAGGACAAGGCAAUUGCCGCCGGCCACAAGCCUGGAGAACCCGCCUUCCUCGAGGCGUACGACCCCGACAAGGAUACCGGCACCCUCGCAACAUCGAAGGGUAACGCCCCUCCUGGCGCGACGACUCUCGGCCUCAACCACCUCAUCGGCCAUCCCGGCAAACCCAAACUUCCCGGCGCAGACCUCAUCGCGUCUCAGCUCGGCGGCGGACCCGUCGCGACUUUCGGAGGACAGGGGAUCCAGCCUUUCGGGCGGACGUGGGAUCCGACAGCGAAGAAGGCGAAGCCUGCGGCGCACUUGACGUGGCAGAACUGGAUGCACGAGUAUGCGAAGAACGUGCGAGACGAGAAUGCGAAGUUGGUUGCGGUGCGGAGAGGGAACGUCGGGCAGGUUCAGGUCGGGUUGAACGUGGAGGAGCGGGAGGAAGACUGCUGGGAGUGGAUCGAGGAAGAGUACACUGACGAUGAGGAGGAGCCGGCGCCGUCCGUCAAGAUGGAGGAGGCGAACGGCACUCCUGCGCCUGGUACGCCAAACGCGGCACAACCCGGCUUCUCCGCCGGCCUCGGUUCUCUCCCCAGUCUGCCGCCAGCGGGCCUCUCCCUUCCACUCGCCCCGUCCCUCCUCCCCCCUUCCGCCGCCGCCUCUCCCGCACCCGAACCGACUCCUCCCCCUCCUCGACCGAAGAAACGCCGCAUGGUCCGCGUCUACAACCCGAUCCGCGGCGUCUACGAACCCGAGACGAACGUCCCGCACGUCUAUCGCUCGACCCAACCACGCGAAGUAGUCGAGUGGGAGCGGGCGAGCAAGAUUCCCCGGACCAGCAGCGAGGUGGCGGAUGGCGAGGCGGAAGCCGCGACGGAGCAAGCGCGAGAGGCGGCAGCCAAGUUUGGGCUGGCGAGCAUCGAGUAUCUGAGCGACGAGCGCGUGUGGGCGAUGGAGAAUGGCGGGAGUACGGUUGAGGACGCGCUUGCGGCGAGAAAAGGUCGGGAAGACUUGCUGCCCGGCAUGUGGGACUUCCUCGAGAUUGCGCGACAGGAGGGCAUAGCGGUGUAG